AUGUCAUGGAAGAAGUUUAAAGAGUUGUUGAGGAAACAAUUCUACCCAGUUGGUUUUCUGGAAGAACGAUGGAACAGAUGGUAUAACUUACGACAGAGAUUCAAUCAGUCCGUACAAGAAUAUACUACUGAAUUCCAGAACCAAGCUAUGGUUUUGGACAUCGUACUAGAAGAUUAUUCGGUGUACAUGAAGUAUGUGUCGGGGUUGAACGAAUACAUUCGUAAGGAGUUGAGACUGUUCACAGUGGAGUCCAUUGCCGAAGCCAGUGUGAAAGCAAUUGCUAUUGAGAGCAGACUCAGAAAGGGCGAAGCAAAAGGAGAGGCGAAGCUACCUGGGAACAAGACUAACAAUUCGGGUGUGAAGAAGGAGGAGCCAAAACGGGAUAAGAACGAGUCAGAAGGGAAGGAGAGUUCGACAUGCAGUCAUUGUGGUGCAACCAAUCAUGCAGUAGAGAAGUGCUGGGUGAAAUAUCCACACCUUAAACCGAGAGGUUUGAGGCAGCAAGAAGCAAAGAAGAAGGCAGCAUUGAUCACAGGACCAACGGAAGUUCCAGGCAUGACUGAACCAAACACCAGACUUAACCUUAUGGCAGGAAAGACUCCUAUAGCCGAAAAGGAAGAUCCUAGGGAACAGCUCUUCGUUGUUAAGCUACAAGUGAAGACCAGUCUAGUUGAUGCCAUAGUUGAUCCGGGAAGUCAGAAAAACCUCAUCUCGGAAGCCUUGGUUCAAAAGCUGGGUCUCAAGACGGUCAAGCAUCCAAAGCCCUACCCUUUGGGAUGGAUACGGAAGGAAGCUGGUUUGAGUGUAGUUAAUCAGUGUACUUUCAAGUUCGCACUACAUGAGUCUUACAUCGAUGAAGUGACGUGUGACGUGGUUCCUUUGGAUGUUUGUCAGGUAAUUCUGGGUAAUCCUUACUUAUGGGAUAGGUAUGCUAUUUAUGACAGGCGAGCUCAGAAGUACACAUUAACAAAAGAUGAACGACAAUAUGUUGUUCGAGCAACUCCUUAUUCGAGAGAGCAUCUGCAUCGAGUGAACCGAUCAUCUCUAACAAAACAGCAGAACAAUGAUAUGGAGGAGUUGAAGUCACAGUUUGCAGAUUUGUUUCAAGAAUUGCCGGGUUUGCCGCCGAAGAGGAAAGUGGAACAUGAGAUUAUGUUGACAGGGGAGAGUUCUUUGCCAAACACAGGGUUGUAUCGUACGACGGUGCAGGAAUCUGAGGAGAUUAAGAGACAAGUUCAAGAGCUUCUUGAUAAGGGAGUUAUUGUACCAAGUUGUUCACCUUGUGGGUCAGCAGUCUUAUUAGUUCCUAAGAAGGAUGGUGGUUGGCGAAUGUGCGUCGAUUACCGAGCACUAAACAGAAUUACUGUCAAGAACUGA